UGUUGCUAUGGCAACUGGGUGGCUGCCCGUCCCCGUAGAGACGCUUUCGGUAUUAUGCAGGGAGCAACUCCGGAGUUCAGCGUCUUAUCUCGCGGGCAACCGAGUCACGCCAUGAAUAGAUUAAAUGUUCUUGUGGGGCAAGGAAUGCCUAGGCCAGGGGCUUCUAAGGUUUCUGGAAUGAUGGAAGUGAUCGCUCCUGAAGAUGGGUUUAUCUUAGAAACUCGUUUGCCUUUGUCAAGGCAUAAUGGUUUAGGAAGGACAGAUGCAAUGAAGGGACAAAAGAAUAAGCAUAGUGGAAGAUUGCAUGUGUUUGGUCCAGAAGAGGAAGUAGUUAUUGAACCCGUUCAAACAGUCCCACGCAUGGGAUGUGGAAAUGAAUCUACAAGCAGAUCUUACACUCCGUCAAAGCAGAUCUUGUUAUGUACAGCUAAAUCAUUAGAAAAACGGAAUGCUUUAGCAGCAAGAAUUGCAAAAAAGAAAAAUCUAAAGAUGAAUGUAAGACCGCAUGACUGCCUUGAAGGAACAGGUGAAAAAAUGAAAAAUUCCAGGAUUGAUGAAAAGACUGUCAACAAUGAAGUCAGUACUGAACCACAAAAGGACAGCAUGGACCAAAAAAAGGGUGAUGAAAAGCCACCAGAUAGUUCAGAUGAUGAAAACAACACUGGCCAAACAAACAAUGAAGCUCAAAAGAGAAUUGCACCACUGCAAUUGAUGGGAGAGUUUCUGAAAGCAAUAAUGGAACGGAAAUAUAAUCUUGCAAAGAAGCUUUGUCAGAUGAUUCUGAUAUAUGAACCCAGCAAUCCUGAGGCUAAGCAGUUUCUUCCACUUAUUGAGAAGAAACUGCUUCUAGAAAGUCAGUGUCCUGACAAAGAAGAUGAGGAAAGUGACGAAGAGAGCAGUGAUGAGAAUGAAGAAGAGACCAACAGCUCAGAAGACAGUGAGACUGAAAGUGAAACAAGUUCUGAAGAUUCUCAUCAAGAUUCCUAGAAAUUUGAAAGCACCCUAAAUAAAUGUUUCUUUUUCUUUUUUUCCUGCAAAAUACAUUAAAAUCAAUAGUCCAUUAAUUCAGCUA